AUGAGCGCUGCUGCGUGGCACGCGACGGUCGCCGUCCUGAUCCUCCUCCUAUGCUCUCGUCUCGCCGCAGCGCGCGUCCAGCUGAGCCAUGGCGGUGCCCUCGCGGCGAGGCGGCGCGACAAUGUUCCCGCGACCGCGUGCGCGCUCACCGCGGUUCCCUUCGGCUACCCUUGUGAAGAGCACCAGGUGACGACGGACGACGGAUACAUCCUGGGCCUGCAAAGGAUCCCGAGAGGCCGGCGCGCCGGCGCCGGAGCCGGCCUGGGGCAGCCGGUACUUCUGCAGCACGGGGUUCUCGCGGACGGCAUGACAUGGCUGCUGGGCUCGCCGGAGGAGUCGCUGGCUUACAUCCUCGCGGACCGCGGCUUCGACGUGUGGAUCGCCAACACGAGGGGCACCAGGUGGAGCAGCCGCCAUGUCUCCCUCGACUCCUCCUCCCGGGCCUACUGGGACUGGUCGUGGGAUGACUUGGUGGUCAAAGACAUGCCGAACAUGGUCGACUAUGUUAUCACCCACACCGGGCAGAAGCCUCACUUCGUUGGCCACUCCAUGGGGACGUUGGUGGCGCUGGCGGCCUUGUCGGAGGGCAUGCUGGCGGACAAGAUGAAGUCGGCAGCGUUGCUGAGCCCGGUCGCCUACCUCGCCCACAUGACCACACCCAUCGGCAUACUGCUAGCCAAAACAUUUGUUGGAGAGAUCAUCUCUAUUCUCGGCGUGGCGGAGUUCAACCCAAUAUCGUCCGUGGUGACUAAUCUUAUGAGGGAGCUGUGCCGCCACCCUCGAACGAAAUGCUACGAUCUCGUGAGAGAUUUAACAGGAAAGAACUACUGCCUGAACAAUUCGGCAGUCGACGUAUUGCUGCAGUACGAGCCGCAGCCGACGUCCAUCAAGACCAUGGUCCAUCUCGCCCAAACAUUCCGCGACGGCGCGCUGUCCAAGUACGAUUACGUGUGGCCGAAGGUGAACAUGAAGAAGUACGGGCAGCCCGACCCGCCGUCUUACAACAUGUCCAACAUCCCAGCCACUUUCCCCCUCUUCCUCACCUACGGCGGCCAGGAUGAUCUUGCCGACCCUGCCGACGUCAGGCUCCUCCUCCGCGACCUCCUGGGCCAUGACCGCCCCAAGAUGACGGUGCAAUACCUGGAGCAUUUUGCACAUCUCGACUUCGUCUUGGGUACCUGUGCCAAGGACUACGUCUACAACGAUGUCAUAUCAUUCCUCAACCGCUUCAACUAG